CGGCUUGAAAGUUACAAUGGAGCCUCUCAUUUUCGGUCGCAGGUCCGACUCAGGAAUGAGAAUCAACAUGUAGCCAGCGCCCUUUCCUCUUUUAUUCAAGUGACUGACGUACGUGUGUAAUUUUGUUUUCUUUUGACAUGUAGACGUAGAGUAGGACAAUUACGCACCAACUUCUUUACGAACGAGCGAUACGUCGCUUGAUCGCAAAAAGCGUUUUCCGUUUCCUGCUGUAGCUUGUUCCUACGGCAUCAACAAACUUGACUUUUGCAGCUUCAUUGUCCUUGCUGAAAACGAUGACGUCCAGCACGUCUCAUCUUUCAGCUUCAGCAGAAAAAUCAGACGCACGAUCCCCACGCCAUGCUGCAGCCGAACAAAGUCGAGGCUUCUCAUGCCGAUCGCUGCAGUUGAUGUUCCUCGGUAGUGCUGCGUUGUUUGAUUUUUACGAAAGCGGCAAUUUUUUCCGUCUGGAUGGAAGAGGAAGAGCAGCAGCUACUUUUACGUCGUUCCCUAUGGCCGCUGCAGCAAUGCCACCUUCGAAGACCACGAGCGCAGUAGCUGCAAAGACUCGGACCAAUAAUUUGCGGCCGCGCCGCGAACGUGAUCGGCGAUUGUCGGAUGGCAACGUUGUUGCCGACACAACAGCCGCAAACUCGCCAGGUCCUCGAGCAACAAACGACAAAAACGAGCAAGAAGACGAAACCACUGCUAGAAGUGCCAAAAACAAAUGGCAGCGUAAUAAAGACCUCCGUACAACAAGCGCUCCUGCCCCCGAUGCUCGGAUUUCCACACUGCAACUGCCUUUCUUCUCCUGGUUCUUCCGUGGAGGCGUACCAACGGCAAAAACGAUGUCUCAGCUCUCUGGAAAAGUGUAUCGCACUAUUCACAGAAACAGUAACAAACUGUGUGCUAUUUGCUUUUUCUGCUUGAGCAAGUAGCCGCGAACCAAGCUUGCAUGGCGAAGCGCCCUCCGGGAAGCUAUUGACUCCGUAGCCUUUAUUGAAUUGCCUGGCACUUCUAUUAAGUUCGAAGUCGAACUAAGCAUCAGUCGACGCAAGAAAGUUACUGGCGCCCGCGCCCCGCGACUCUCUAGUCCAGACGAGAUGAAGUGACAUGUUUGUCGUGUUUCAUAACAUUACGGCGGAAAGAACGAGAAGGACUAUUUCAAUUGUCCCUCGUCCCCGGCCUGGGUUCACGCGAAGUGCCAGCUCGAAGUCCCGAAAAUCCAAGAAUCUUGUGAUCAAGUGGAGAAAGAGAUUUUGGGCGUAUCGUGUGCGAAAACGACACUGCUUGAUAAAUGCCGUGCUGUAGCUGUAGAUGUAUGGCAACAUCAGAGUCAUUUCGUGCUCAAGCGUAGAACCGAAAAUUUCUCAAGCAAAUAAAGAGUCGUGCUAUAAUAAGCACCAUGGACUAGUAGCAGGGAGCAAGCCAUAGGCUACAGUCAAGUAGUGUUUGUCGCACGUGAUACGCACGUGUUUCGGGGGAGAACGGCUGGACGGAUCCGCAUAACAACGGGAAUUACAAGCUGCUCGAGAAACCGAGCAACACGAAGCCGGAUUUUAUCAUGAGGAAAAGCAGCACCACCACAGGACGACUGCUCUAACUCCUGUCAUGCUGUUAUUCUCUCAGAAAGGUAAUAAAUGGUCUGCUGCGACGAGCACUAGGAAGCGAUAGCGUUUACGGUAUGCACACGACGUCGAGGAGUCUACUUAUGCAUGAGCUGUUGACCACCAUUCAUGAGCACCAGAUCCAGAAUAAUGCGAAUAGAGAUAGAGAUUUAGAUGACGACUACAUGUUGUUUGGAGUAGAAGUGGAAGAACCACGUCAAGAUAGAGCAUAUUCGUCCAACCUGUGGUCCCGUCACGUUCUUUUUUCUUUCCAUACCCGCCGGUGACCGCCAAGCAGAAACAAUCCGGCAAAUCAAGUUGCAGCGCACGACCGGGAAUGGGCGGUACACGGACAAGCUAACCUUCACCCUGGUCGACGUCGAAAGUAAGAAGAUAGAUCGCCAAACAUUAUACGGUGCCUCCUGCGCCGUCUAUGGUUGUUCGGAGUCCCAGGUGACCUCGGUUCUGGAUUUUUCCACGAACUUCUGCAAUUUGCGGAACUUGUUGUGCGGGAAGGACGUGAGUUGUCCGGUCGCCAGCCAGUCUUUCAACAUCGACUGGGCAGGGCUGGACUACGGCUCCUGCAGUCAACACCAGGACGCGAAUUGCAUCAACGCCGGGGAUGUUGAAGAUGGUUCUGCUGCUGGUGGUCGCGAAAAUGCGAGUAGUGGGGCUGAUAUUAAAAGUACAACAUCAUCAUCCACAGCGAGCAAAGCAGAGGUCGGUACAACUGGAGGUGGCGCAGCUGCUGCAGAUUCCGGCACCACGAAGGAGCUGAAAAAUGUUGUGGAUCAAGAUAACAAGCGGAUACAACUCGCCGAAUAUGAAAAGCAAAAAAGCAGAGACACAAAUGCAGAACCCGCACACCCCCAGAACUCUGACGAGGUCGCAGAUAGAAGCCAAGAAGUAGAGUCUUCGUCAUCGUCCAGCAUGAUCGAAUUGGUCCACGACGGACCGGGAAGUAGUCCACCUGGGAACACGAACCCGCUGUCUUUCCCAAGCCGGAGUUCUACUCACACCACUAAAAACACAAUGGUGGCCUCCCCUGGGGAAGAAGAUCGACGAGAGGGUGAAUCGUUGUCCGCAGCGCAGUACGUUGAGGAACUUGGUUAA